AUGUGCAAAGUUUAUAGCUCGAAAACAAAUUCAUGGAAGACGGUGGAAUAUCGGGAUUUUGGUCUCGUAUAUGGUGGGGUGCAGUUUGCGAAUGGAAAGAUUCAUUGGCAAAGCGAUGGUGGAAUGAAUGUUUUUGACGUUGUUACAUUUGAUUUGAAGAGCGAAGAGUUUGGGGUGAUGGAGCUGCCAUGUGAUUCAAUACUGAGCUUGGGCGUGCUCGAGGGAUACCUUUUCGUGGUCUCUUAUAAUAAGAGAACAUUUCAUUUUGAUGUGUGGGUUAUGAAAGAGGAUUCUUGGGCGAAAGCGAUGGAUGUCGUUGUUUAUGAGCGUUGUCAAACAAUUUUUCUCGUGCAUCGAGUUUGGAGAGACCUAAACGCAGAGAUUUCGCUAAUCCGUGGAUCGCUUCACAAACUUAAUCUUGUAGAAGAUGAUAAUGUGCUUUCGCUGCUCGGCAAAAUCAAACGUUCAUUGAAAGCGAAUAUCUACGUUGAAAGUUUAGUAUCUCCGAUCUUUGAUAAGAAGGUUUGA